ACCAGCCAGUUGUAGCCUGCCUCCCUCAUGGCCAAGUACCUGCAGGUGCCACCACCGCGGUGGCUUUCACAGACAGCUCCUGGCUGGUGAACCAUGAGGGCAUGCUGGCCAUUGGAGGCCAGUAAUUUGAUUUCGGAGCUUUACGGGAUCCUCAGCAACAAGUCUGAGAAUCCAAGAACUCAUUCAGGUUUUAGAGACCACCGCUAUUUUCAUGCGUGGGCAGCGGGCCAGGCAAGGAUUGCAACCCGGCUCUUCUUGCGUGCGCAGCCGUCGGCAGGUGGCUCGGGUCCCUGUGGUGAUCUCUGUUUACCGGAGAGAGCGGUCCAAGUUGGGCUCCAUCUCUGCCCUGGCUAGCUGCUCCGCAGAACCCUGCCUGCCCGGAAAGCGCGGAGAAAAUUCAGCCGAACCCACUCUCGCCCUUUCCCUACCCCCAACGCCUGGAGAGGUCGGGCCUGCUUCCCGCGCCCAUGCUCCGGGCGACGUGCCCACCCUGGGCGAGCAGCCCGAGGCUGGAUCUCAGGGACGUCAGCUCCCUAGCAGAGGCCCAGGCGUGGAGACUUCAUUCACAGGUGUUUCCCCACCCCAGCAGACGGCGAUGACCCCCAAGCCGGCCGGACCCCCGGACGGGGGCUGGGGCUGGGUGGUGGCGGCCGCAGCAUUCGCCGUGAACGGGCUCUCCUACGGGCUCUUACGCUCCCUGGGCCUUGCCCUCCCCGACCUCGCGGAGCACUUUGAACGAAGCGCCCAGGACACUGCGUGGGUCAGCGCCCUGGCCUUGGCCGUGCAGCAGGCAGCCAGCCCAGUGGGCAGCGCCCUGAGCACUCGCUGGGGGGCACGCCCCGUGGUGAUGGUUGGGGGAGUCCUAACCUCGCUUGGCUUGGUCUUCUCGGCUUUCGCCCGAAGCCUCCUGCACCUCUACCUCGGCCUGGGCCUCCUCGCUGGCUCUGGCUGGGCUCUGGUGUUCGCCCCAGCCCUGGGUACCCUCUCUCGAUACUUCUCCCGCCGUCGGGUCUUGGCAGUAGGGUUGGCGCUCACCGGUAAUGGGGCAUCCUCGCUGCUCCUGGCACCUGCCUUGCAGUUCCUCCUUGAUACUUUCGGCUGGCGGGGUGCCUUGCUCCUCCUUGGCGCUGUCACCCUUCACCUCACACCCUGUGGCGCCUUGCUACGGCCUUUAGCUCUCUCUGGUGACCCGCUGGCCCCACCUCGCACCCCCCUAGCUGCCCUCGGCCUAGGUCUGUUCAGGCGCCGGGCCUUUUCAGUCUUUGCUUUGGGCACCGCCUUGAUUGGGGGCGGAUACUUCGUCCCUUAUGUGCACUUGGGUCCGCACGCUUUAGAUCAGGGCAUGGGUGGUUACGGGGCAGCGUUGGUGGUGGCUGUCGCUGCAGUUGGAGAUGCAAGUGCCCGAUUGGUCAGCGGAUGGCUGGCAGACCAGGGCUGGGUGCCCCUUCCGAGGCUUCUGGUGGUGUUUGGGUCUCUGACUGGAUUAGGGGUACUGGCAGUGGGACUAGUGCCCACUGUGGGGACGGAGGAGGGUUGGGGAGCUCCUCUGCUAGCCGCUGCUGGGGCCUAUGGCCUGAGUGCCGGGAGUUACGCCCCGCUGGUUUUCGGCGUGCUCCCGGGGCUGGUAGGCAUUGGAGGUGUGGUGCAGGCCACAGGGUUGGUGAUGAUGCUGAUGAGCCUCGGGGGACUCCUGGGCCCUCCUCUGUCAGGCUUCCUAAGGGAUAAGACAGGAGACUUCAGUGCCUCUUUCCUGGUGUGCAGUUCUUUCAUCCUCUCUGGCAGCUUCAUCUACAUGGGGCUGCCCAGAGCCCUCCCCUCCUGCCGUCCAGCCUCGCCUCCAGCUACCCCUCCGCCUGAGAGAGGGGAACUGCUCCCAGUCCCACAAGUCUCCCUGCUCUCCACGGGGGGCAGCAGCUCCAUCCGGGAUACCACUUGUUGAUCAUUUUCUUGGUUGACUUCCUUAAUAAAGAAUUUUUAUCUUA